ACCUGUGGCCUGUGACUCUUCCGGUUUUUGAAUGAUUCUUUCGAUGAGGUUGACUAACACCAUCAGAAAAUACAGAUAUUUAUAUUAUGAUUCAUAACAGUAGCAAAAUUAUAGUUAUAAAGUAGUACCAAAAUUAAUUUUUUGGUUGGGGGUGGGUCACCACAACACGAAGAACUGUAUUAACGGGUCACAGUAUUAUGAAGGUUGAGAACCACUGGCCUAGAGUCACACACAAGGUAGUGUCUGUUGAAGAGCUACCUAGGUCAAUUGGCCUGUGGGACCACUGUCUGAAUUCCUAAUCAAGUGAGAAGAUGUAGACUGUUGUGGGUGGCACCAUUCCCUGCACACGUUGUCCUGAUCUCCAAAGGACAGGGGAGAGCUAGGUCGAGCAAGCUGGUAGCAUGGGUGCAGCCAUUUCUCUCUGUUCUUGACUAGGAAUGUGGUGUAAUUAGCUGUUUGGAAAUCUGGCCUUUACUUCCUUACAAUGAUGGUCUUUAAUCAAGAAGUGUAAUACAAAAUAAACUCCAUGGUUCCUAAAUUGAUUCUGCUAGGUAUUUUAUCACAGCUACAGAAAUGACACUAGAAAUGCCCCAAACAAGAACAAUCACAUGGUUAUGCCAGUGGACCCAGAGAUGUCAAUGUGACCGUGACCUUGCUGGGAUGUUUUGUUUGUUUGAUUUUUGAGGAAUGUGGAAGACUGUGGGGUAGGAAAGUGACUGCAUGCUGUAAAGAUGGCUUAACGGGCAGUCCUAUACAGGCUUGGAAGGACUGAGAACAGUGUGGACUGUGAAGGCGCAGCUCCACAGGAAGACAACAUUAGCAACCCGUGUACAGGAAGUCUAAUCCAGCAACAUGACUGCUCUCUCUGGCAAGGGAUCGCAUCCAAAGGCCUUCUAGGUCUAUGGGAUCCAGAUGGAUUGACACACUUUUAAUGCUUCUGGAUGGAAUAUAGGCACACACUUAGUGCACACAUUUAAUCCCAAACAAUGAAGGUAAAGUGAGUUUGUAGAAGGAAGCAGUCAUGUUGGAAAGCAGCAUCUAAUUUGAGAAAAGACAAAGUGACGAUGUCACAUGGAAUGUUGAGACCUAAGUGAAAUGUUAAAACCUAGGUAACACUUACCUGGCUAGCCGUUCAUGAUAAAAACAAAAAACUUUCUCAUGUGUUUCUGUUAUUACUAGGAAAUUUUCUAAUGGCAAGAUCGAUUACAUAUUCUGUUCUGUUCAGUGCCCUUGGAAACAACCAUGAUACAAGUCAGUAGAACUAUUUUGUAUAGUUACACACGAUAAGCUUGGACAUGAACCAACCACCCACCAGCACUUCCUGCACCUGUGUAUAAGCUUUCAUGGUAUAAGCUGCCCCUGGGAUGGACAUCAACAUAAGAGAAACACCUGCACCAACAUAAGAGACAAUUUGAUAUGAGACUUCCAUUUUGAGUAGUGGUCAAGUAAAGUUUAAGUUCCCAAGACCUCCCUGCGAACUCACAUUAUACUUGGCAGGAAGACACAUGUAUGUGGGUAAUUGAAUCUUGGUUGGCAAGUUAAGACACGAAUGCUAGACAAGUCCCAUCCUGGUAGACAACUUAGGACAUGAAUACUAGACAAGGCAAGUCCCCAGCCACUGUUGAAUUUCCCAGGCAACGAGAACAGGAUAAAUGUACAAAAGAGAAAUGUUCCUAAGGAAAUCCCCUAUCCCUAAAUCCUGAUUGGUGGGAUAACUUGACACAUGUGUUUGUAGAUUUGAGGCGUAUAAAAGGGAUCAUGGUCCAGCUUCUGAAUUAGACAAUGACCCUGAUGGACUAGUCCUGGGGCUUAUGCUUAAUAAACUAUCCCUGUCUGACUGAGAUUGGUGUCCGUGUAGUUCCGUGACAAUUACUAGACCCCAACAGAAAAGAGUUUGAGUCUGAACCGUUGAGUUGAAUCAGCCAGCCAGAGUUCAGAGAGAUCGUAAAAAAGUAAGCUUAUCCAGCAGUAAGCCUCUGAAAGAUCAGUUAUAUCUGGUGAACAAAAGUUAAUUUUACAAACCAGGCUAGAGACAAUUCGUGUCAUAGUAUCGGGAGAAAGGUUGCUUUCUAUCCUCAGCUGAGGCUAAAUUGAAGGGUUUUGGACUAGAGUUUUCAUAGAGUUUAAUAAUGACUUUGUUGUGUGGUUCUCAGUGAUAAUCAUUAGCAGGUAUUCAGUGAAAAAAGAGCAAGUGGGGCAAAAAGAAAUAUAAAAUGUAUACUUUGAGGAAGAAAAGAGCACAGGAAGUUUGAUGUUGUAGCCUUGGUGCCUAAAAGGAUAAAGAGAAAUGGAUGAAAGGGAGUUGUGCCCUCAGGAUGAGACCUUUUACCCAAACUAAUUCUGCAACUUAUGAAAAGAGCUAAAGAAUUCUCUGUUCCCGGGGCUCAAAAAGACUGACCACCAGCCAGAGAGCAUGCAGAAGCUGGACCUAGGAUCCCUACACAUUUGUAACAGAUGUGGGGUGUGGUCUUCAUGUGGGUCCACUAACAAUUGACACAGGGGCUGUCACAGAUUCUAUUGCCUACAGUUGGAUCCCUUUCCCCUAGGUGGACCAUCUAAUUGGACCUCAGUGGGCGAGCAUGUGUCUAGUCCUUCUGGAACUAGAUGUCCUGAGGUGGGAUGGUACCCAGGGAGGGCCUCCUCUUCUCUGAGGAGCAUGAAAGGGAUUAAUGGAGAAAGAGGGAUUUGUGAGGGCAUGACUGGGAAGAUAAGAGAAAGGGGGGCUGUGAUCAGAAUGCACAGUGAACAAACAAAAUAUUGAGGGGGAAAGACCGAAUUACCUGAUUUCAAAGAGCAUCAGGAAACCAAAGUUUAUACAAGUGAGAUUCAAGGACAGUCUUGGUUCUAUCCAAAGCAGGCAGAAGAACAUGGCCUCAUUGGCCGUGUAAUUCUUGCUUUAAAACCAUGAAGGAUACAUGAGUAACGGGGCUGUGGAAUCACCCUCUGAGGUUAAAGAAAGGUGUAGGGACAACCCCACAUGGAGGCACCAAGAAGCCAUUGCAGGAAGCUAUGAGGCUUAUGCCUGGUUUGUGUUGAGGAUCCUGAGAGUUGAAGGCCAGAGUUAAGGAAUACUUGCCCCUGGAGGGCUGUACGCAGGGUAUGGAAUCAACACAAGGGGGAUAAUUGCAUUGCAGUAAAAAAGCUGGAAGGCGUGGGAGAGCUGAAGAGCCUUGUGCCGUCACACAUGGACAUGCAGUUUAGCAUCUGCUAGAUUGGCUUCGGUCCCACCUUGAUCUCGUAUUUCCUCACUGUGCCCUCUUUCUUUGCUUUCAGAAUGGAAACACGUACUCUGCACCACUGUAUGUCGAAACACGUAACUGUGGUUUUAUAAGGGUUGCAGUGAAGAGAUUGUCAUGAGUCUCAGAAGAGACUUUGAACUUUGAACAAUAGUCAGACUGUGAAAGUCUAUGGAGACUUUUAAGUUUGACUAAGUAUACAGUGGGUUAGCCUAAUGCUGCCUGUAUUCUAACCCUAAUUUAAGCCCCCUAUACUUGCUGUCACAAGAGAUGGCAUCUGCAGGAAAGACCUAAGAUGCUGAGUGACCCUGCACCCACACUACUUCUGAUGGGGAUAUAAAGGUGCUAACAGUUUAGGUUUCAUAGGCCUGGGCUCCAAGAACGAACAUAAGGGAAGAGGAGUGGAGAACUCAGAGGGAGGAGCCGCCAUGAGUGAGGUGAGCUAUGUGAAUGUGGCCCUGAGGGCUGGUCAAUUGGAGUUAAGAGCAGCCCAGAUGAAAUAUAGUAAAUAGUAAUAAUAUCGAUAGGAAAGUAGAUUCAAACAGCAUGGAGGGCAGACCUCAUCUACCCAGCUCUUAUGUUAAUGCUUAUUAUAAAUAUAAACAUUGUGUAUUUCUCCCGAAAAUUCACAUACCAAAGGAGGGGUAGAAACAAAGGCCAGGAUGUAAAUAAUUUCCACAACAUGAGGGCAUUUUAUGAUAGAGCUGUAAGCCUAUGGAGGGACAAAGGGGAAUGUGGGGGUUUGAAUGAACUCCCAAAGGCUCAUCUGUCUGAAUGUUUACUUCCCAGUUGGUGGAACAGUUUGGGAAGGAUUAGGAGGUGUGUCACUGGGGGUGUUUUUGUGGUUUCAAAAGCCCACAGAAUGUGGACAAGCCCUUCCCUUGGAAUGAGGGGGUGGGGACAGAAGGUGAGCAGGCCUCUCUCGGUGGAUAGAGAGAAACAGAAAGUGGGCAAGACUGUCUUUGACAGGGUAUGCAGGUGGAAACAGAGCUAUGAAAAGCUGUGGAGGACAGAAGACCUGUGGAGGCUGAUAGAUGGAGGACAAGGAAGAGAGAUGGAGAAUAGGGAGAUUGGUGGUCCCCACUUCCCAUUACCCCUCCCCCAAUCUCAGGGGCCCUUUGUGACAGGGACCCAGGAGCUCUGUGAUGUAGGCCUGGGAGCAGCUGCUACCACCCAGAGAGAACCAUCAGAGAUCAGUUGCCUGAGGGCAACAGUGUGAUUCAGUCAGAGAACCUUCUCUCCCUGAUGCAGCCUGAAGGAAUGACAAAUUAAAACAUUCGCUCAGGCAUCCAGUAACAAGGCCACGCACUACCUUCACGGAGUGCCAGGCACUUGUAGGGCACGACGGUGCCAUGGAACUACCUUCACUUCCGUUUCCUCCAACCGAAUGGAUCAGCCUCAGCUUCACGACGUGGGCAAUGGACAUGAUCCUGGCCUUCGCCUGUGGACUGGGCCUCUUCCACCUGUGGAUACAUUUCUUCCCACUCACCUCACCCUAACCUGCAGAGGGCGCCUCCACCACCACCAAAAGGGUAAGACUGCCUUCCAUCCACACCAACACAGCCUUCUCUAUUAGGGAAACACUUUCCAAAUCCAAUAGGGAGGUGGCUGACAGGGCAUCUCAGCAGACGGGAACCACAUCCGCAUGAGAACUCACGGGUAGGACGGGGAGAGAGGGCUGCGUGAUAUCUGCUCUCAGACCUCCUAGAGCAGAAAGAAGCACUAUGUCUCAGUGGUCACGGAACUGUGGACCUGGGAUGGAUAGGCUCCACUAAGAAACGUUCUGAACACUGGUUCCUCUGUCCCCCUCCUCACAUUAAUGCUCACACAACAUUGUCUUGGUCAGCUGAGCUCAUGUGAAGAGGGUGAUGCACUCCUGGACAUAGGAUCAGGACUUGAGUCACAUCUGGCCUCAGGAAAUGACAAGGCAGUUCGGAGCUGAGCUUCAGCUUACUGAGGUGAAAGAACACUGACCAAUGACAUCCGUAGUGGGUCUCACGGAGACCGUCCACACUUGGGAUUUUCAAGGGAAAAGAAUACAGACUUACCCCUCAUCACAGGGGUGUGAAUGGGGCUGCAGGUGGUGUCUGUUAUCUCUGUCUAUUAGGUGGUGAAGAGGGACCACAACAAGGCCAGGAAGAAAAUCAGGACCUUGAAAGGUAGGCUCCUUCCUUCCCCUGGACAGGUGACUUCAUCUACCCUGUCCCCAAGGGAUGACACCAAAUGAGUUGCAGACCAUGCGGCUGUGGCUGCAUGGAAGGAAUCAGAAGUGAAGACAUUGCCGAGGUGCUGUGCUCAGAAUAAAGCCAGGGACAACCAUGGUUGGCUGCAGUCAGGAGGGUGGUGUGGGUAGGACCAGAAACAUGCUGCAUGCGUCUGCAGGCAAAUGGGUUAUUUCACUUCUCUAAGACACUUUCCUCUUCCACUACACUGGACCUCCCUCCUCUCCACAGGGACAUUAUGAAGUCCAUGGAGCUCGGCGGAAAUGGAAGCCUCCGGUCUAUGGUCAGGUCCUAUCCCACAUGUGCCCAGCACUUAGUGCUUUGGGGCCUGUGGCCUUCUUCAGCAAAGCUUGAGCUCCUGUUUAGUUGAUCAUUUCCACAGAAGGGACAUUGCAUUCAGGCUCCGGUAGGCUCUCAGUUCUCUCCUUUACCCACAAUCACCCCAUCUGUAUUUCUAGCUUACAGAGGCUACAGCAGGAAGAGAGGGAAGGAUGACAGGGGCCUGCUUUCGCUUCCUGACUCCUCAAUCCCACGCCUGUGAGGAGAUCACUCGGGACAAAGGGCAAGGGCUGACCAUGGGACCAGGGGCCCUCUGGGAAGGUGGGGUGCGUGCACAGCGCUACUGUUUAAUUCAAGUGUGGAGCUGUGGCUGCAGGUGGCCUUUCCUGCUCAGCCUGUCCACCUCCUGCUGCCGAAUGCUCCAAGCUGCAACCUUAUGUCCUGUCUCCUGCAGCCUGCUUACUGACACCAUCAGCUUUUGCCAGCUCUUAAGAAGAGAUGCCUCGGCUCAAGGAUCCAGACCAGAAGCUGCCGAAGACCACCAGCCACCUAGGCAUUCCACAGAGCAGUCUAUGGCCAACUUGCCUCUAGUGGCCUCCUUCCCUCUGGUCAAGGAACACUUGCUGCACAAAGAUUCAACUUUGUCACCUACCCUGCUAAAUUCCCUUACUUGUAAGGAAUCACAAACACUUACAUGUGAUUCUACCCCACCAGUGACGACAAUGCCAAAAAUGCAUCCUUUACCACGACCAUGUGGACCAACCUCCCCAUCCUGUCCUCAAGAUCCAGUGUUCUGCUCUCCGUCCGAGACAGACCAAAGCAUGACUCCUCCUCCUUCUCCUCCUCUUCCUUUUCCUCUGAUCUCUCUUCCUCCUCCUCCUCCUCCUCUAUCCCUUCCUCCCUCUCUUCCUCCUCCUCUUUCCCUUCCUCCCUCUCUUCCUCCUCCUCCUCUUUCCCUUCCUCCCUCUCUUCCUCUUCCUCCUCCUCUUCCUCCUCCUCCCAUUCCUCUUUUUCCUCCUCUUUCUCUUCCUCCUCCACCUCUUCCUCUUCCUUCUCCUUCUCCAACUCCUCCUCCUCCUCCUCCUCCUCCUCCUCCUCGAUGUGAGUGGAAAACACAACUAGUGACCUCACGAAGCACAUCUCCUCCAGCUUUGCCUUGUCCCAUGGCAAGCCCCCCAGGCCUUGAGCACUCAAACAUGUCUCCUUCAAGCUCUUCCUGGUACAAGGCGGCUGCCAGGACCUGGUGUCAUUCUAAGUGGUCACAGGAUGAGACCCUGCAAGAGGAUCUCCAUUUCAGCUUCCAAGAGGCCUCAUUGUGGACAGACCCUGGAUACAGGCAGAUAGAGGCUGGAGAACCCCCGUUCAUCAAGCCUGAUGUGCAGAAGAUACUGGAGCUGCAGAUUAGCAAGAGGGUAGAACUGAAGCUCUGGAAAGAGCAAGGAAGGGAGAGCUUUGACCACGCCUUGAGCUGUGUGGGUGAUAUGCUGCAGUCCUGGAGCAGCGAGCAGGCCAUCACCUGCAAGUCAGAGCAGCUCUCAGGUCUCCAUCAGCUCUUUUCCCCCAGGGUCUUAUGGAACAAGUCUCAGAAGGACUGCAGGCAGCUUUACUGGGGCCUCCCCUUUCUUCACAGUGAGUCCCUUAUGGCUACUGUCAGCAUGGUGGGCUCACCACUCGACUCCCCUGCCAUCUUUUUCAAUGAACUCUCUCCUUACAACUUAAGACAAGCUGAGAGGAAUGCAGCUCCACUGCUCUUCUCUCCAAAGCCCUUGCUUCAACACUUGGUCCCUUCCAAUCCUUUGACUACAAAUGUGCCAUGCCCCCGUUCUCCACCAGGGUCUGGAGUCAAAACCCUGGCCCCUGACCCAACCUCCCUCCCAAGCCUACAACCCAAUCCACCUCCAACUAGGGAUUCCAGGGCUUCCUGCCCCAUAGAUUCAAAAUCCCAACUUAUUUUCCCAAUUGCUGUUCAACACCUAGAUCAGCACCUUUUGAAGAAGAACCAAGAAAGUAGGAGCGAUUUACCUAGUGUAGUGAAAAUGUCACAGGAAGUCUCUCAUCAACUCAUUUCCACCAGUUUAGCUUCCCAGGGACAAGACUCUGUUCUCCACCUCCUGAAGGAAUUCACUGACCCCCAGCUCAAAGAGCACCUAGAGCAACACUUAAAAACCAGGUUCUGGAAACAUGAGGACCAAAAGAUCCAGCUAUCUACUUAUCUCAUGAAGUCUGAGGACAAACUCCCAGGGAUGGGUCAUGCAGAAGAUAAUCGAGGGACUUCAUGUUCCUCAGCACUGGCAGGAAAAAGCAGCCCGCAUGCACAGAGGGUCUCAGCAAAAGGUCCAGAGAUACUCCAGACAGGGAAGGACCCAUGCUGCGAUCUGACAAACAGUCCAGGAAGACCUCUGAGAGAUACUGAUGGGAUCACAGAGGGAUCACUGGGCACAGUUCUAGACUCGAUCGCUGUGACAGAGGUGGAGAACUCUGUGAGACAGCCAAGAAGCAACUCAGCAGGUCACCAGCCAGGAGGACCAGGAGAGCAGCAGCUACAAGACACACUGAGGAACCACUUCAGUGAGCACAGCCAUGACAAUGACAGUAUGGUGCCUGUGGGCACUUGCCCUGGAAUUCCGGAGGACCACAUGGUGGUCCGUCGUGAAAACUCAGAGACCCAUUUGGACAACUCAGAAAUUGAAAAACCAGAAACAAAUAUCAAAACGGAGAAGCAGAAGUCGUUGAAUGAUGGGUCCAACUUCAAAGAUACUUCUCCUGGGCUUCCCUUGCUAGAUCCUGACGUCCAGCAGGUGCUGGAAACUCAUCUUUCAAGACACCUGGUGAGGCACAGAUGGAUCUUGCCCCUCAGAGGCCUCAGGGCCCUACAACUCUUCAAGGUGAACAAGGCUGUAGCUUUGUCACUUCCUCAACCCCCAAGUCCCUCUCAGACAUCUUUGAAAUCUAGGGAUGACUCUGUUACAAAAAUUGCUGCUGUCCUGGGAGACCCUUUUCAGAAAGGUUCAGAAGGAGAUCUGAAAAGAAAAACAGUUUUCCAGAGUCAAACCCCUCCCUCUGCCCUCAACCUUGAAUUUCCAAGUUGUUGACAAAUUAUGCCCCUCUGAGUCCCCUACAAAUGUCCAGAAGAGCAGAGUGGCUUCCUUGUACAGGACACGCAGCCUUGUAGUCAGAGACCGGCACAGCGACACAGUUCUAGGACCUUGGAAUGACAACCCAGUGCCAGGUCCAAACCUACUCAAGAGUGACCAUGCCUCACAGGAGAGUGAGGGUGCAGAUUUAGACCUCUCCCAUGGGCUGUCAGUUCAGGGGACCAUUGUAGACGCCUGCCCAACAACUAGCAGAGAUAAAAGGGAGCUGGAGGAGGAGGGGUCCUGUGACUGGGCUCUCAAUGCAGAAGCCAGGGAAGUGUCACCCACUCAGAGUAAAGAACAUCUGAAAGGUAUAGAAUCCCUGAAAGUCAAUGAAAAACAGUCCCCUUCCAGAGCCAUUUCCAAGGAGCCAGAAGAUUCUGUUACUGCUGUCUUCCUGCAGGACUGUACCACUGGCAUGAUCUUUCAAGACUGUGGCCCAGAGGUCCUGCUGGACGCAGAUCUCCUAGCCUCUCAGGCCUCACAGUCAGGCUUCAGGACUAGGUCCACUACCAGCAAAACAUCCUCCAGGGACAUGUACCAAGAGGAGGGAAUGUGCCCAAGAAUAUUAAAUCUGAAGAACCAUGGACUAGCCAUAUCUAUGAUCUAACUAAAUACAAAGAGGGCUUUAGGGGCCCCAGGCAAGAUAGACACCUUUCACAGACAAGACCUGCCCAAGCCUGCUGGUCAGAUACUCGUGAAAACAAUUCCUCCCCUCUACCAGAAAAAACAUUUGGGGACAGGAUAAAAAGUUUUAUGACACACAUUAUGUCAAGUAAAAGUAAAGUGCAGGAGAACUUCCUGCACAAACACAAGGCGAGGCCUUAAGUCAAGGCUCAGUCAUGAGCAGGGUGUUUCUGCCCCCACAGGUAGCUGAGGCUCAGGACUUCACGAUCUCGGUCAGGCCUAUUCUCCAGGAGAAAGUGGGGGUUGGCCAUGCUAGGACAGCCUCAAAGAAAAGUUUGCACAAAGACCCACCCCAGGCUCCUAUGGGCAGGCAUGUCUGCCUCCACAGGACUGCCACUGCAGAAAGACACGAAACACAAGGAAACACUCCCAAGGUACACAGCCAACCUUCCACAGACAAAUGGAUGGGACUACACCUGCCAGGCCCAGCUGCUCAGAGAGUCUGUGAUCAGAACUCAACCCAGCACAGGUUACAGCCACCAUGUUUCCCAGGCACCCCGGUCUACUCUCCCUGGCACUGCCUGUGCAGAAGUGAGCUGUCUAGAAAAGCAAAAGCUUUUCUACACCUAUCUGGAUAGGAAAUUUCCCCAUGAAAAACUAGUUUUUUCAAAAACAAAAACAAAAAAAUAAAACCAUGGUGUCCGA